AAGAAGCAGACGCGUUGCAAGUAUUGCCUGCCCUGCCUGGAAGUUUUCACGGGCAUAUAUUCAGCUGCCAGCCUACGCCUUUUAAGCCAAAACAUUUUGCUUUUUCGACACCUAUUAGCCUUGAGUUGAGGCAGCCGCACAUAUCUAUAUCGUUGGGAGCAGUGCCUUGACGCGAUCGCUGCCAUGUCCGAAAGAUCCAAAGGUGACGUGUCGUCUCGCGUAAACAACAAUGCAAAUGCGACGCGUGUCGUUAAAAAUUCAUUACUUAGCGCCUCGGUAACCGGACUCAGCUACGAAGACUUUCCCAAUAAGCCGCAACUGUUGCCCGCAGCACCGCCCGUGGUGCAUGCCCCGGCGCCAGCACCCACACCAGUUCUCAUCGCUGGCAUUCUGAAUCGCGAGCCAAAAACAUUGGUAACUGUGGGACAGCCAUCGAGCAUCGAUGACAGCGAAGUGCUCGACGAGAUCAACUUGAAUACGAGCAGCGAGGAUUCGAGUGGAGUCAGUGGUGGAUCAUCGACGGCAUAUCUGCGUGGCACUGGCGAUGGUAAUGCCAAUCCCUUGCUGGAACCACCACCGGGCAUAGCAAACGAUUCGUUGUUGAGUCAGGCGGCCUCAUCCUUCACAGCAUUGCCUGCGGUGGCCUCCAAUGUGUUUUCCACCUUCUCCAAGAGAAUCUACGCGGGCACAAAGGAAUCGGAAGAGCCGAAAUUGGACAUCCAACCCAGGUACAUACAGCAGGCGGCACACUACGCUCCACCGCCAGUAGCUGCAGCACCACCACCACCAUUUUACGCGGCCCCACCCACGGCAGUGGACGAGGCUGUUGCUGCCCCAGAGCCGCCCAAGUUCUAUGCACCCACUGAGGUGCCAGCAGCGAGUGUAGGCAUCGGCGGUGCACCACCCACCACAUCGGGAAAUCCCAAUACCUAUAGACUAACCGCCAGAAAGAAGAUAUACGCACCCAUUCCUGGCUUCACCGAGCAGUCGGCACAGGGUCCGCACGCUACGCCGACUCCACAGACAGGUCUGCCCUUUCAGACGCCACCGUAUCCAACCCAACAGGCAGCUCCGUUCGAGAUAUCAUCGGCAGCUCCUUUUGAUAUAUCUGCUCCCCCAGCAGCAGCAGCAGCCGUUCCUCCCACAGAGGAGCGCAAAUCCGGAGGUGGACUCUUUUCACUGACCAAUCUUGUGCCCACUGGCGUGCUGCAAAACAUCUCUGGCCUUGUACAGUCAGCCACAGGCAGGAGCAGCGAGCAGUCCUCCAGUAAUCCGCCACCAACUGGCGGUGGUUACUUUGACAUCAACACAGUCGCUGCAGCAAAUCCGAGCAGCUAUUUCGGGGGCCCAACGGCGGCGCUACCACCAGCGGGAGGCUACUUUGUGCCUGCCACAGUCCCUGACGCAGCGACAGUGGGCGGAUUCUUUCCACAGCCAGUCAAUCCGAUACCAACAGCUGCUGUAGGAGGAUUCUUUGCUGCAGCUCCUGCUCCACCAGCAAUUGAUAUCAAUCCCAUCUCGGGAGCACCACCAGUCGGAGGAUUCUUUACACCAGGAGCAGCAACAGUUGCGCCCGCAGCUGGAGGAUUCUUUACGCCCGUUCCGGCGCCCAUUGAGAUCAAUCCCAUUGCUGAAGUACCGCAACAGGCAGCAGCAUCUAUUCCCCCAACAUCCACACUUGGAGGAGGAUUUACUGCACCCCCAGGAGCAGUGCCAUCUGUGACUACAUCGACAGCAGCAGCUCCUCCACCAAUUGGCGGAUUGUUUGCCCCUAAUCCGUCACCAAACGAUAUCAAUCGACCAGCAGCAGUGGGUAUUCCUCCCAGCUCCACAGUUGGAGGAUUCUUUACACCUUCAGCAGUUCCAACUGUGGCCCCAGCAGUUCCCUUUGCUGCCCCAGUAACAGCAGCUCCUCCUCCACAAGUGGGAGGAUUCUUUACGCCCGCAGGAGCAGGACCACCAUCCUAUCCAACUCCAUUGGCUGGACCACCUUUGGGAGCAGCAACGACUUUGUCAGGACCACAGCCAACAGCAACUGUCGCUGGACCACCACCUGCCGCUGGACAGGCAUCGUAUCGCCUCCAGAAGGGCACACGUCUCUACAAGAGUCCUUUGACGGCACAGGAAACUGCCACAUCGUCUGCCUACGGCGCGCCCUUUGCAACGCCAGCAGCUGCUCCAGCUGGUGCCAUAUUCAAUCCAUUUGGAACAGGCACUCCGGGCGUGCUCAGUCCAGGAGCUGGUCAGCAGGAGAGCGAAGGUAACACUGGAGUUGCACUAUUUGCACCUUCUCCAGCACCAGUGGCAGAACAGACCAUAGAUCAGGGACCGGCUCCUCCAGCUGCCUUUGCAUCGACAAUUCAAGGAACCUCCUUCUUUGCACCACAGCCGGGACCCACGGCAACGCCAUUCUUUAUUCCACAAACGGUUGUAGAGCCCAAACGGGAAGUAACUCCUGUACCUAUCCAGGAUACAGCUUCCAGCCAAGGAGUAUCCUUCUUUGGGGCACCUCCGACAUCGGACAUUGCUCUGUUUACGCCGCAACCCGUCCAGGAAACAGCAGCAGCACCUGAGGAAUUGAAACCAAUUGAAACACAAGGAAUAACCUUCUUUGCACCACAGCCAGACCUUGCACCCACAGCAGCCCAAGAGAUUCCACUGUUUGUUCCGGCUGCAGUUGAGACUCCUCCCGAAGGAGUUGCCUUGUAUCCACCGACAUCUACACCAGUCGCAGAGGAGAGUCCAGCCGCUGAAACGCCAUUAUUUGUGCCCGUGCCAACAGUAGCCACAGAUCAGAGUCAGGGCGUACCGCUCUAUCCACCAGAGGCCAGAGCCACAUCUAACCUUCCAUCUGGCGUUCCUUUUGCUGCAUCCGAACAUCAACCGAGUGCACCAUUAUUCGAAGCCAUUCCACCCUCAGCCACUGAGGCAGGCGAUUUCUUUGGAUCUGCCGAAGCAGUGGCAGUCGCAGUCGCUGCUCCACCCAGUAGUCUGCCAAAUACCGAAACGGUUUACAGCCCAUUUGCACAGACGGUGACCACACCCUCCCAAGUGCUGCAAACACCAACGGCACAAGAUUUACUGCCACCGCCCAUAGGAUUUGUUGCGCCACAACCAGAGGCAGAGACAGAGCCAGAGCCAGAGGUUGCUACCGCCGCUCCGCCAGCAGAGUUUGGAGGUGUUAACGAGGCCCUAGCCCACCCACCACUUGCACCAUCGCCACUUCAGAGUUUCUUCUCGCAGCCAGCUACAGCCGCGCCAGAAGAUUUCAACUUUUUUGCCACGCCUGGCAGCCAGAUCUUUCCGGAACUGCCACCACAGCGGGGCAUUGCACCGCCUCCUUUGGCACAGGAGCCUCCACCGUCGGCAACAGCAGCAGCAGCAGCAGCAGCAGCAGAGGGUAAUAUUGGAACAGCUCUUGGUUUCGAUCAGUUGCUAAGCCAAACCCAGCAAGCGCCAAGCCAAACCAAUUCCAUUGGAAACUCAAACGAGAAUUCCUAUCAACAAAAUUCAAGUGUGAAUUCAUUCUCUGGCUAUUUUGGUGGCACAGCCACAGCAGCAGCAGCAGCAGCAGUGCCACUUGUUGCUGCAGCAACCAACUGUGACCCCUCCCAUUUCUUUGAUCAAGUGCCACAGACACAGGCGCAGACAUCCGCCAACGAGGAUCAGCGCAUACAGAACUUCUUCAACAAUCCUCCACUGCAGGACCAGCCAGCGGCACCGGGCGAACUCAAAUACGACAUAGUGCACAGCGGAUUGCCCGUCAAACAGCUUCAGGCACGCUCCCAGACACCCAUCUCCAAUUUGGUAGAGCCCCCAUCAUCGUCUGCCUGCUCAGAGUUUUCGACACUGACAGCAGCCGCAGCAGCAGUAGCUCCAGCAGCCACCACCACCACAGGCGUCGACUGUCAAACGGGUGAGGAUCUACUACAGUUGCAUCAAGCCGAAUUGCCGGAGGAGAUCUUAAAGGAGCUCAGAAUGGCCGCUGCUAAUGCCACGACAAGCGAAAAGGCAACCACGCCACCAGUUUCAGUAAUUUAUACGCCUGCUGUGGCCCAUUGGUUCUACAAGCGUAGAGUGGACACGAAGUUUAUUUGGACACCAUUCAGUCACUAUGAUUCGGCGCUGCUUGAGACCAGCAUCCAUAAUGAAGAUUCCACAUUGAUUGUGCCCGUUGAGGGUGGACGCUACGAUGUCAACAUCAAGGAGCGCACCAAAACCCCCAUCUAUUGGGAGGGCAAGGGCAUUGAGGUGCGUCGCUGUUCCUGGUUCUACAAGGGUGUGGACUCCAAAUAUGUGCCCUAUUCUGAGGACACUGCCGCACUGCUGGAAUCGAAGUACAAACGUUCGGCAGAUACCGGCGAAUGGCAUCAGAAGAUCAUGCUGGCCAAUGGAGAGCAGGUCGUCUUCCAUGGGCCAACGGUCAUUGUGCAUUUCCUGCCACAACCGAAUUCGGACUCGUGGGGCGCCAGUGCACAGAGCUCGAUGCGGCCGCGGGUGGUCAAGAGGGAUCUGGAUGACUUUACCAUCGAGCAGGGCGAGUCGCAGCGCGUGGAUCAUCUGCUGUUUAUGGUCCAUGGCAUUGGUUCGGCCUGUGAUCUGAAAAUGCGCUCAGUGGAGGAAGUGGUGGAUGAAUUCAGGAACAUUGCCCAGCAACUGGUUCAGUCGCACUACAAAAACUCCACAGACAUGGGCCUGGUGGGUCGCGUCGAAGUGUUGCCCAUCUCCUGGCAUGGCCACCUACACUCCGAGGAGGAGGGCAUCGAUGAGAAGCUGAAGUCCAUUACCCUAGAGUCGAUACCACGGCUACGUAACUUCACCAACGACACGCUGCUGGAUGUGCUCUUCUACACCAGUCCCAAGUACUGUCAGAAGAUUAUGAAUACGGUGGCCGAUGCUCUCAACGAGGUAUAUCUGAAGUACAGAUUCAGGCAUCCCGAAUUCAAUGGCGGCGUCUCGUUGGCUGGUCAUAGUCUCGGCUCUCUGAUCCUAUUCGAUCUGCUGUGCCACCAGGAGCCGCUCAAAGAGAGCGAAGAGGAAAAUAAGGAGAACCCUGACCAGCUGCCGCAGAAGCAUGAAGACAGCUACAAGAAGGUGCAACUACCCUCCAGCGAUAUCCUGCCCAAGCAGGUCAGCUACACCAUGGGUCCGGCUGGCACUGGACAACCGGUCAUCAAUUACACACAGCUCAUCUUCCAUCCGAAGAAGUUCUUUGCCUUGGGCUCGCCAAUUGGCAUGUUUGUGACCAUUCGGGGCAUCGAUCAGCUUGGCCUGGACUUUCAUCUGCCCACAUGUCCGGGCUUCUACAACAUAUUCCAUCCCUUCGAUCCGGUGGCCUAUCGCAUUGAGGCGCUCGUCAAUGCGGACAUGAAUGGUAUACGUCCCGUUCUCAUACCCCAUCACAAGGGACGCAAGCGCAUGCACCUGGAGCUGAGGGAGACUAUGACGCGUGUGGGGGCAGAUAUCAAGCAGAGAUUCAUGGACACGUUCAAGACCACCCUGGACAGUGUCAACUUUCUGGCCACAGUGACAAAAGUUAAGAAAGAGGCCGAAGAGACGCUCGAAAGGCAGGUCUCAAGUCAGGCUUCGUCACAGUUGUUCCAGAAACAAAUCGAGGAUCCAGAUGAAAGUUCUGUGGCCAGCACAUCCACAAGGACGAGAAAUCGCACCGAUUCCAACUCGACAACGGCCUCUGAUCCAGAGUUCAUAGAACUGGACUUUCCGCUGGGCAAGCUGAACGAUUCGAAGCGCGUUGAUUAUGUGCUACAGGAGGCACCGCUGGAGUUCAUCAAUGAGUACAUCUUUGCCUUGAGCAGUCAUGUCUGCUACUGGGGCUCUGAAGACACAAUCUUGUUUGUGAUGAAGGAAAUCUAUGCCAGCCUCGGAAUCAGCACCGACAGCCAGGUGCCCCAGCAAUCCAUGACCAUCGAGAGGCCCGGUUCAUUUGAUAGCAGUACUGUCAGUCAGUCUCUGUUGCCGAUGUGAACAGGAACACAAACACAAACACACACAAUAAUAUUAUAAAUAUUUAGAAGAAAUUGAUUUGUUAGAAAAAUUAUGUAAAGAGUUUUGAAUAUGUGCAACGAUAACUUGGUUAUUUGGUAUUAUCUAAGUAAAACGUCCUUUUAUCAUCCGAUCUAACAGAUUACAGACCUACAUACUAUCUGCUGGGAAAAUGAAACAUUUUUUCGAGCUUUAUAAAUCCAACAUUUAUCAACUAUUUACCUGAUGAGCGACAGAUGUACUCUUUGUUAUUUUUGUAAUAUUGCGUUUAUAAAAUUGACCUUUGUAACAUUUUAUGCUAAUGAAAGUGUAUGUCUAACUAAUAUCUAUAAUAAAUAACACAAGAAAAUC